AUGGACUUUGAAGAUGAUGAGUCGGCAGAAGAUAAAUCUGACGACAGCGAAUUCGAUGACUCCGAGGAAGAGGAAUGGUGGAGGGAAGAUGACAGCGAAUAUAACAGCGAAGACCUGGAUCGUGAAGACGACAUUGAAGAGCACGAAUAUAGUAUAUCCGGUGAAACAAAUCAAACGCUAAAUAUUCGGCUCUUCUUGACUGAUGAGGACGAGAGCGAGCUCAAGUAG